UUUUUUUAGUCAAGACUGAUUCUCUUGCCUAGAGAACAUCAUGUUAGAGAGUAAUCAGCGGACUUGUCGCAGAAUGGUGAGUCUUCAUGCAGCUGCCUCAGCCGCUGCACUCCUGGCUCUCACCACCUGGUGCCACCCCUGCAGAGCUGACGUGGGUGACUUUGCCCCCUGCAUUGACUUCUUCUACAGUACCUGGCCUCCAAAGGGGCUCCCAGGGGUCCCCAUAUGCCAGCGAUACCUGAACAAGUUCCGUUUUGCUUCACUGUAUAGCCGGCCACGUCGUGCACCAUGGUUCUCCGCCUAUGUGUUUACUCCACCAGCCGGGAGAAGGCCUAAAGAGGAGUGGAAGUAUGAGCCACAGCUGGCCUAUGCCAAAGCAGAUGGCAACAUGGUGCCCUUCUCACCUGGCAAGGUGGAUCAGAAUGUUGUGGAGAGCCAGGCAGUACAGCUGGACUACAUCAACUCCAGCUACACCCGCGGCCACCUGAAUCCCAGCCUGCACCACCAGGACCUCCAGGACAAGGAAUCUACCUUCACCCUUACCAACGUGGUGCCUCAGAAGCUUGGCUCCAAUGAUGGGCCCUGGGCAUGGCUGGAGAAGCAUGUGAGCCAGCUCCUGACCAAGCACUGCAAGGGCCAUUCCUACAUUGUUACAGGGGUCAUACCAUACCAGACAGACCGCUGGCUGAAGGGUGACCGUGUGGCCGUGCCAGAGUACCUGUGGUCAGCCUACUGCUGCCCUAACUAUAAUAAGAACCUUCCAGUAAAGCUAGCUAACACUUUCCCAACAUUUGCUGCCAUUGGUCGCAACGAUCCGAAUAGCACAGAGGAGGUAGUGCCCAUAGAUAGGGGGGUGCGCAAAGAGUUCUGGGGGUAUGACGUACGGCUCAUGCCCCUGGCAACUCUGGAGAUGUAUCUCCAGCAAAGAUUUGGAACUGUCUUUACUGUGUUCUACAACCGGUGCUCAGAACCAUGACUGCCUGUGAAGCAAAGUGACUGAAAAAAAGGGCAAGGAGAUACAAGCCAAAUAGGUGUGGCAGCUCUGCAUUUACAACCUCUGUGAAACCAGCUGAAUAACACUAUAUUUCAACCAGCUUGAACAGACAACAGAGUUAGAGCUGUGUUACCAAAGUUGUUACCAAAGUGCUCUGUAACUUUUAAGCCUUAACUCUUAUACA